GCAUUGUUCAAAAAACCCACAUUUCUAAUCUCACCCUCGAUCAAGAUUCAAUCAUUCUGGUUUUUGUCUGAAUUGGAGGAAGAAAAAGAGUAGCUGUUGCUGUUGCUGGGUCGUCGCCGGAUAUUGGCCGGAGAUAGACAUAUAGCUAGCCAGCUUCAACAACAAACACAUGUAUCGAAACUGAUCUAACCUUGUGCCGGAUCGCAUAGGUCAAUCUCGAUUAUAUGUUGGCUUCCAGUUUGAAAUGGAACCAAGAGGCCUAGGGGACAGGUUGGGUGGUUUCGUUGCGGUGGUGGUGGUGCUUGUUUCGGCAUUGGUCGUUAAUGUUUCCGGUAACUUGGUUUUCCCGGUGAGCCAUAAGUUUAAUGGUAGAGAGGGGGCGUCUUUGAGUGAACUUAAAGCCCAUGAUCGUCACCGUCACGCUAGAUUUCUCGGGGCCACCCAGAAUGCUGUGGAUAUGGCUUUGGGCGGCAGCACUGACCAAACUGGGCUCUACUUCACUAAACUUGGGAUUGGGAAUCCUUCACACGACUAUUACUUGCAAGUUGAUACCGGAAGUAACCUAUUCUGGGUGAGUUGCGCUGAGUGCGGCAAAGGCUGCCCUGACAGAUCUGAACUCAUUGGUGUAAAACUCACACCCUACGAUCGAAACAGUUCUUCUACUUCAAAGGUGGUAUCUUGUGGUGAUGACUUUUGCACUUCCCCAUCCGUAAAACAUAUCUCCGACUGCAAGCCAGAUGAGAAAUGCAACUACCAUCUUCAAUAUGUAGGUAAAGAUAAAACUUCCGGAUACUAUGUCAAGGAUGAUGUGCAAUUUCAGAAAGUGAGCGGGAACUUUCAAACAUCCUCCACUAGUGGAUCUGUAAUAUUCGGGUGCGGGACUCAACAAUCUGGCGUGAUGAAUGACCCUAGAGCAGCAAUUUCCGGGUUAAUUGGUUUUGACCGGGACAAUAUAACCAUGCUUUCACAGCUAGCAGCCGCAGGAAAGGUGAGGAAUAAAUUUGCACACUGCUUGGAUAGCACGAAACUAGGUGGUGGAAUCUGGGCUAUAGGUGAAGUCGUCGAACCCAAAAUGAUGCACACAUCACCUAUGGUACCAAAUCAGACUCGUUAUAAUAUUGUGGUGGAGAAAAUUGAGGUUGGAAGUGAUGCCAUAGAACUUCCUACUAGUGGUGGUGGUGAUUUGGAUGAAACAUCUGGCAGCAGUGAUCCAGACCAAAUUAUUGCAUUUUUUGACACUGGUACAACAUUGGCUCAUUUACCUCCAAAGUUGCAUGAACCAAUAGUGAAGAAGAUAUUGGCUACAGACCCUGGAUUGAAAUUCCAAAAAAAUGAUGACGGCGAGUACUCAUGUUUCGAGUAUUCCAAAAACGUUGAUGAAAAGUUUCCUAUUGUCAAGUUCACUUUCAAGAAUUCCGCUUCAUUGUGGGUGUAUCCUCAUGAUUAUUUGUUCGGUAAUGUGAAAGAGGGUGCCUGGUGUCAUGGUUGGAUGAAAUUAACUGGGGAAGACGGAGACCUCGACAUUAUUCUGGGAGAUAUGACGCUUUCGAAUAAGUUAGUCGUACACGAUCUUGAAAACCAGGUCCUUGGGUGGGCUGAUCACAACUGUUCUUCAAGCAUAAAAGUGAAAGAUGACGAGUCGGGGUCAGACUACUCGGUUCAGUACCACCAUCUUGCUUUUUCUGAUGCUUCCAGCCCAAGACUACUGAUGUCAUUCGUGUUAUUAGUAACUGCUGCUGCUGCUCUGCAAAUGAUCUCAAUAUAAAUCCAUCACUCUCAUCUCACUAGCUAGCUAUUUUCUUGGCCAACUAACGAAAAUAAUAAAUAACACAACAGCCUUCAUUCAUUAGAUGCUGGUGCACCUUAAGCAAAUCCAUGAUUGCAAAACUGUGCUUCUUGAUGAGAUUGAUUAAAGUGGAUGUCUUCUAUAAUA